AUGGCCGAUAAUUCAAAAGAAGAGCGCAUCAAACUAGCUCUAGAAGCUUAUAAAAAAGGCCUUUUUUCAUCAAGAAAUGCAGCAGCCAAGGCAUAUGAUGUACCUCUCUCUACCUUCAAGACCCGAGUCAAUGGAACCACAUGCCGCAAGGAAUCUAUUGCCAAUGGCCGAAAAUUGACGCCUACUGAAGAAAAGACACUUUCAUCAUGGAUCAUUGAUAUGGGCCAGCGUGGCCUACCACUACAAAUCUCUACUGUACGCUAUUUGGCACAGUUGUUACUGUCCGCACGGCUAUCCUCUCAGACUGCCUAUGUUGGUGAGCAUUGGGUGACUCGGUAUAUUCAACGCCAUAAGGAACUCUCUUCCAAAUAUAGCCGAAAAUACGACUAUCAGCGUGCCAAAUGUGAAGAUCCAGAGCUUGUUAUGGGGUGGUAUAAGUGCUUCUACAAUGCUAUUGAAAAAUAUGGCAUUCUCGAGCAAGAUAUCUACAAUAUGGAUGAAACUGGAUUUCAGAUGGGCAUGACAUCCACGGCCAAAGUUAUAUGUGGCUCAGAGACUCGGGCAAGUAAUGCCAAAGCCAUACAGCCUGGGAAUCGCGAAUGGGUAACUGCCAUUAUUGCCGUAAAUGCAGCUGGAUGGGCCUUGCCUCCCCAGAUUAUCCUGGCUGCAGAAAACCAUCAAUCUCAAUGGUAUCAUGCUGUUCCAAAGGACUAUACGAUCAGUGUCAGCAGGAAUGGCUGGACGAACGAUGGAUUAGGCCUGGAGUGGCUUCAAAAUGUCUUUGAGCCACAUACAGCCUCCCGUACAUUAGGGAGAUAUCGCAUGUUGAUUUUGGAUGGCCAUAGCAGCCAUGCCACUGCAGAAUUCGACAGAUUUUGUACAGAAAGGAAUAUUAUUCCUUUAUAUAUGCCUCCGCAUUCAUCUCAUCUUCUUCAGCCAUUGGAUGUUGGCUGCUUUUCGCCAUUGAAACGCUUAUAUGGCGAAAGAAUCACCAAAAAGAUGCAGAAGGGAAUCAACGUUGUGGAUAAAACAGAAUUCCUCUAUAUAUACCCUACCGUCCAUUACCAAGCUCUAUCAUCAUCAAACAUUCGAAGCAGCUUUGCAGCAACUGGCCUGGUCCCAUUUUCACCUGAGCGAGUCCUUUCAAAGCUUCAUAUACCAUAUAAAACACCGACGCCGCCUUCAUCAUCACAUAGCAAUCAAUCCUUUGGUGCAGGAAAGACUCCAGCGGAUAUAAACCAGCUUGAGGCCCAAAAGAAGCGAAUAAAUCACCUCCAAAGUCAUCAGGUGUCCCCAUCAACUAUGCAGGAGGCAAUGGGAAAGGUCAUGAGAGGGGCGGAGAUGACCAUGCAAAAUGCCAUCCUACUACGGCACGAAGUCCACCAGCUUCGCGUGGAAAACCGGCAUCAAAAACAGAGAAGAGCAGCUCCUAGGGCCUUUAUACAAGCUGGAGGGAGCCUGACAGGUGCUAAAGGACUACAAAAAGCGCAAGAACAGGAGGCUAUAGUAAAGGAAGCAUACCACCCAGUUUCCAGGCGGCGUAAGCCACCAACCUGUAGCACAUGUGGUAAAAUAGGCCACAAUCGGCUAAAAUGUCCUGAGAAAUAG